UGCAAUAAUAAUCCUAGCAGGUUAUUAUCAUGUCGGGUAGCCCCAGAAACAACCUUGGAUAAAAUAAAAUAUAAUAUUACGAUCAAAGUCACUGAGGAGAUCCACUUUAGUCCAAUUCCUAAAGGUAAUUAUCAACGGUGCAUAUCACUGAUACAGUGACUGAUUCCACUAGCACGUUUCUCAGACUCUGCCUUCUCUUGCCAAUUACUCAUUCCUUAAGAAAAACACUUUUCUUCUGAAUCUGUUUUCUAUUCUAUUUUCUGUUGUGCGUCUUUCUUCUUUCCCAAUAUCUCUACAGUGUCACAUGCACACACAAGUCACAAGAGAAAACAUAGGUUGCAAAGUGGAAACAUCUAUGGCUACCAACAAGUUUGCAACCAUGUUGCAUAGGAACACCAAUAAAAUGGUUGUGAUUCUAGUCUAUGCAGUGCUUGAAUGGCUCUUGAUUGCACUUCUCCUCCUAAACUCUUUGUUCAGUUACCUCAUCUCAAAAUUUGCCAAAUGUGUUGGCCUCCAACCACCGUGUCUUUGGUGUUCAAGGGUUGAUCAUGUCCUUCAGCAAGAGAACAGCACAAAGUUGCACAAAGAUCUCGUGUGUGAGGCUCACGCAGCUGAGAUUUCAAAGCUUGGUUACUGUUCAAAUCACCAAAGACUAGCGGAAACACACAGCAUGUGUGAGGAUUGUUUGGCCUCUCGGCCAAACCAUCAUGAGAACUCCUUUGGAAUGAGACACAGAAUCGCUUUCAUUUCGUGGGUGAGUGGUCAUGGCAAACAUGAAAAUGGUGAUGACAUGAUAAGACGGUGCUCUUGCUGCAAUGAGAGCUUGAGCAGCCAGCUUUACCCUCCUUAUUUGCUGUUGAAGCCUUCUUGGGGCGAUAAAGGGUCAUUGAUUGUGGAAGACUCAAUGGAUGAUGAAAAAGAAGGUGGUAAGGACCUUGAGUUUGAGAGACACAAUGAGGAAGAUCAUGAGGUAGAUGAGCAUCAGAUACUUUCUGAUAUUGAAAGUUUUAUCCUCAGAGAGGUGGCUGAGGAUCGUUCCAGUUCUGUUUCAAAUUUGCAUUCGGAUGAAAAGGAUGGAGAAAAGGAUGAGAAGGAGGAUGAUCUUAUCAUUACUGAGGUUGAUCCAAGUGCUGAUGAGAACUUUGUUUGUCAAUUCACUUCCUCUACGAAGGGUUCACACUGGGAAGAUAGAUCACUUGAAGUCAUCAAUGUGAAAUUUGAGAAGAAUGACAUGGCUAGUGGUAGCCACCGUUUGGUACCUGUUGAGUUAAUAGACUCUGUUACCUCUUUGAAUUUUGGAACAUGGAAAUUGGAUCAGGAUCUUGGGGAAAGGGAGCAAGGGACUCAGACUCACACCUUUGAAAAUGAGUCACCAAUUGAAGCACAAUUAAGUAUCUCAGAAAGAGAAGGAUUAUUACUCACAAUGAAUGAGAAUGCAGAGAAAACAAGCAUUAGAGAGCUCGAAAGCUUGGAAGAUUCUAUAACUUUGGAACUUGAAGAUUUGAAACAGAAUUCAGUAGACGAGGUCCAUCUACAAGGGAUUACUGCUGGAGAAAAUGAUGUCAAAAGUGUUGAAGGAGUCACCAAAGAACCGGAUGAUACACAAGUUGAUCUGCCUCAAUCUCAAGAACCAGUCUGCUCUAGUGAAUGUACACAAGAAGAUGAAUCUUCAUCAAGUGAUGAUGAUGCUGAAAUUCAAAAUGCCUUUGAUGAAUUUAUUGCUCAGAAUAGUCUUAGUAAGACCAAUGAUAUUGAUAACAACAGUAUGGAAGCAGCUAUUCAAGAACCAGAAAAUCUACAAGAUAAUAUGCCUGCAUCUGAAGAACCAGCCUGCUCUUGUGAAUGCAUAUCUGAAGAUGAAUCUUCUUCAUCAAGUGAUGAUGAUGCUGAAGUUCAAAACGCCUUUGACAAAUUUAUCACUCAAAAUCAUCUAAGUCAGUCUCAAAGUUUAUCUAAUGAUGAUAAAAGUAUAGAAGCAGAUAUGGAAGAACCAGAAAAUACACGAGAACCAGCUAGCUCAUCUCAAAGCAUACCAGAAGAUGAAUCUUCCACAAGUGAAGAUGAUACUGAAGCUAUUGAUGAAUUCAUCACCCAGAAAAAUCUCUGUCCAGAUAAAGCAGGAUCAAACGACAACGAGUAUGUUAAGAAGAAGGUUGAGAAAACAAUAGAAGUUGAGAAAAUUCGUGAAGAAACAAGCAAUGAGUCAUCCAAGUGCUCAGAGUCUUAUGAAGUAGAAGAAGAAAAACUUCCUGAGACUCCUAGAUCUGUAGAUGGCCUACAUUACCUGCAUAAAAGAGAUGACUCUGUGGAUGGAAGUGUUGCAAGUGAGGUAGAAUGUGGCGAUCCAGUAUUAACAAUCGACCGGCUAAAAACAGCUUUAAAAGCUGAAAGAAAUGCUCUAAGUGCUGUAUAUCAAGAACUAGAAGAAGAGAGAAGUGCAUCAGCAGUGGCUGCCAACCAAACAAUGGCAAUGAUUACAAGAUUGCAAGAAGAAAAGGCAGCAAUGCAGAUGGAAGCAUUGCAAUACCAAAGGAUGAUGGAAGAACAAUCAGAGUAUGAUCAGGAAGCCUUACAGCUUUUAAAUGAGUUGAUGACGAAAAGGGAGAAAGAGAAACAAGAACUUGAGAAAGAAUUGGAAGAGUACAGGCAGAAGGUAAUGGAAUAUGAAGCAAAAGAGAAACUGAGGGUGCUGAGAAGAAUGAAAGAUGGAAGUGUAAGAAGUAGAGACUCCUCUUCUUCUUGCAGCAAUGUGGGCUACACCGAUGAGCUAUCCAUUGACUUUAACCGCGAUCCACGAGACGAAGAUCAUGUCUUAUUCAACCAUGAGGAAAGCAGCCACAACAAUGCAAGUGAUGACACAGUUUCUAACUUGGAGGAGAUGGCACUAGACUGUGUAAAGCAUGUGAGUGCUCUUGAUGAUACAUUGGCAGAAUUUGAGGAAGAAAGGGCUUCCAUUCUAGAACAGCUCAAAGCAUUAGAGGAAAAGAUUGUUUCAUUGGGAGAUAACGAGGAAUUCCUUGAUGACAUCAAAUUGAUUGAGAAUUCAUCAAUGUAUUGUGACAAGGACUUGAGUGAAAACUGCAACUUUAGCAGUGUAGAGGAGAAUGGAUAUUCUAAUGGUUUUUCAGAUGACAUUGAUAAACACUCUACAAUAGGUUCCUUGGCAAAGAAGCUACUGCCAUAUUUAGAUGCAGCUGAGGAUGAGACUGAGGAAACAUACACAAUUGAGAGACAAUUGGAAUCUGAAUCAGUUGACAUGCAAAACUCAGAUCCUAUACUUGAAAUGGAUAGCAUGAAGACAUGCAUUGAAGAGGAGGUUGAUCGCGUGUAUGAGAGGUUACAAGCUCUUGAAACAGAUAAGGAGUUUCUACAACACUGUAUGGGUUCCAUACAGAAUGGUGGAGAAAAAGGAGUGGAUCUGCUUCAAGAAAUCCUGCAACAUCUUCGUGAUCUUAAGGAUGUGGAACUACGCUUGAAGACUUUGGGAAAUGAUCCACUAUAGUGAAGUUUGCAUUCUCCAAAGACAUGUAGGCAUAAGGUGUUGCUUCAUGAUGAGUGUGCACAUUUAGGAUUUGUGGGAAGUCAUUUCUCACCCUGCAUCAUGUAGACCUACAGUAACCAAAUUUUGUUGCGAAAAAUCAGAAAAUUUUCUCCAACGGAGGGAGGGAUAUUUCUGGUAUCAUGUGAUGGUUUGUUAAUUUGGUACCAAAAAGGUUGAAGUCUGUCCAUAUCUAAGGUCUCAGCUUGAUGGGCUAUCUACAAAAAUUGUGUGAGGCCCAAAAUUUUGUAGGGCCUAGAGGAGAACAUCAUUUGGUCCCCUCAACUUGGGCCUAUUUCUCAAUACAUCAAAUCUGUUUUUUUUUAAUCUCUUAUUUCCUUACCCCAUCUUAUAUGUUUGGUAGGUGGGAGAGGGAAAGUAGUGAAGUUGUAGUACAUGAAGAAUGGAGUGUUCAAAGUAUGGGCUCUUAAACCUCACAGAAAAAUCAUGUGUCCAUCAUGAUGUAUUGUAUAAUCUGUAUCUAUUUGUUAAUCAUAUGAUAAAUCAUGUUUCAUUUUCU